UCUUCAGACUGGAGACUGAGCUAGGGGAGGUCCAACAGAGAGCCACCCAAGCCUUAGCAGAGCUCAGUCUGCACCAGAAGCUACGAGAUGGUGACCAGCUGAGGGUAAAGGAGCUGGAAGAGACUAUACUGGAGAAGAGUCAGGAGCUGCAGAGAGCCCAGCAGACUGUCAGAAGCCUCCAGGGACAGGUGUCAGGUAAACUAAUAGAUAAGGAGCGUUCCCUGGAGGAGGAGAUCCAGCUGAGAGAGAGAAUCCAGCUGCAGUUGAAGCAGGCAGAGAGGAGCGUAGAGGACCUGAAGGUAGAGCUACAGACUGCUGCACAGACCAAGGAGGACCUGGACAAGCAACUCAAACAGGCUCAGGAGAAAGCGAUAGAUCUUGAGAGCGACCUGGAGGAGAUGCAGGACAGUGAACAGAGUUGGGCCAGGAAGCACAAGAGACCAUGGAGCAGACAGAACAGCUCCAGCUGA